AUGUUUGGUGCUCCCUUUUUUGCAACAUUUUGUCCGCACCGAAAUAACUCGUCAUCAGGUUGUCUCAGCUUCUUUGCUCCAGCUCCAAGUCAGUGCGCUUCAAAUUUUUCAACGCUAUCAAUGAAUGCCGGUUCUUCAAGAUUCGGGGGGUACUCGUGCAAGCUAUGUCCGCCCAAGCAUGCUCGUCUCCAUGCCCUGUUGACCACCAUUUAG